AUGUCGAUUACAAUUUGGGCAAGUUAUAAGCGAUGGGCAGACGCUCAGGAAACGCUUUUUCUUGACUGGGUCGAUCCAUCCGGCCAGUACAAGCUCUCACCCAUGCAGGACUUGCCCGGCGCUGACUUUGCAACAGCAUUUGCCAUAUGCGUCGUCUAUGUCUCCUUCGUCGUGAUCGGCACGUUGGCUAUGAAGGCUGGUAUUCCGCCGAUCAAGACCAGUCCGUUGCAAUUCAUUUACAACCCGCUACAGGUCGUGUUGUGCUCUUACAUGUGUAUGGAAGCCGCAAUCCUAGCAUAUCGAAAUGGUUACUCUACGGCGCCGUGCAACGCGUACAACGCAGAAAAACCCGUCAUGGGUAAUGUGCUUUACAUGUUCUACCUUUCGAAGAUCUUAGAUUUCUUCGACACCAUCUUCAUCGUUCUCGGCAAAAAAUGGAAGCAGCUCUCUUUUCUGCAUGUAUACCAUCACCUGACCAUAUUUGCGCUCUACUUUAUGAAUUUUCGGGUGGCUUAUGACGGCGACAUCUAUGCCACGAUUAUCCUAAACGGUUUUAUCCACACCAUCAUGUAUAUGUACUACUUUGUCAGCGCCCACACACGUGAUAUUUGGUGGAAGAAAUACCUCACCGCCAUGCAAUUGAUUCAAUUCAUUACGAUGAACGUACAGGGAUAUUUAAUGGUGUCUCGUUCAUGCGAGAACUUCCCUCACAAAGUACCGGUCAUUUACCUCAUCUACAUUCAAUCGCUCUUUUGGCUUUUCAUGAACUUCUUUGUCAAGUCAUACUGCUCCAAGCCACGCAAGUCUCUCGAUAACAAGAAAAAGUUGCAGUAG